AACAAUCCAUGUCUUUUUGCUUUCUCUUUACGCUGUGAGCAGACAGGUAAUGUUUCAGUAUCGAAAGUGUCCUACUCUGAUACUUUAGCUCGUUGCAGUCACACCUUUCUGAACAACUUCAGAAAGCCUUUUAGGCAUUGUCUGUUCUUGUCUGUGAAGGCCCGGGUACAGGGCUUGACAUUGUGUAAAUGUGGAACUGUUAAAUGUAGGCUGUAACACAGCACAGGCACUCUUACCCUUUUUCCUACUUCUUUGCCAAUGGAUUAGAUGAAGCAGGAAGGUAGUUAGUGUGGCAGAAUGGCAUGGCACAGGCUUAUGGACUUCUCACCAGACUGAAAAAUCCAAAGUCUUGUUGAAAAUGGAGUUUCUAAAGAGCCUGGUUCCAGCUGUCAUCUCAGGAGACGGACCUGUUGAACAUGGAGGAAGCUUACCCAAGGAGUCAGGUCCACGGCUCCUUCGCAUGAAAAGACUGGGCCUGCUUGCCAUGGGACAGACGAUUGAAGAAGAUCCGGUAGAUCCAGUAAUCAAAGUAGAUACAGGAAUCCGCUCCCGCAGUAACCAAGCCCGCUUCAAAGGGAACAUCCGUCAAAUUAGAAAAGUCUCGUUUUUACAUCAUGCAAGUGAUGGCAGGAGUGACAAUGCUUCUGCACCGGUCAGCAGCAGCGUGAUUAGACGCCGUGCCCCCUCCUCGGUGACUCCCCUUUCGUGGGAGAAACACAACAUUGCUGCCAUGUCGAGCAUUACCAUCGACCCCGAGCUCAAGCCCGGGGAGUUCGUCAUCAAGAGUCUGUUUGCAGAGUUUGCUGUGCUGGCAGAGAAGAAGAUCGAGAUGGUGAUGGCUGAACCUCUGGAGAAGCCUCUGUCCCGAUCCCUCCAGAGAGGAGAAGACGCACAAUUUGAUCAGUUAAUAAGCUCUAUGAGCUCAAUAGCAGAACACUGUUUGCCCUCGCUACUACGCACACUGUUUGACUGGUACCGGCGGCAGAGUGGCACUGAAGACGAGUCUUACGAGUACAGGCCACGCUCUAGUACAAAGUCUAAAGGAGAUGAACAGCACCGAGAUAAAGAUUACCUUCUGGAACGGCGGGACUUAGCCAUAGAUUUCAUUUUUUGUUUAGUUUCAGUGGAAGUUUUAAAACAGAUUCCUCUUCAUCCAGUGCCGGAUGUUUUAGUACAUGAAGUUCUAAACCUGGCAUUCAAGCACUUUAAACACAAAGAGGGGUACUGCGGCCCCAACACUGGCAACGUGCACAUCAUUGCAGACCUGUAUGCUGAGGUCAUAGGGGUUCUUACACAGUCAAAGUUUCAGGCAGUGAGGAAGAAGUUCAUCACAGAACUAAAGGAGCUUAGGCAAAAAGAGCAGAGUCCUUACGUAGUCCAGAGCAUCAUCAGUCUCAUCAUGGGCAUGAAGUUUUUCCGGGUCAAAAUGUAUCCUGUGGAGGAUUUUGAGGCUUCUUUUCAGUUCAUGCAGGAGUGUGCCCAGUAUUUCCUUGAAGUCAAGGACAAAGACAUAAAGCAUGCUUUAGCUGGCCUUUUUGUGGAGAUCCUCAUUCCUGUUGCAGCUGCGGUGAAAAACGAAGUCAACGUGCCGUGCCUGAAAACGUUCGUGGAGAUGCUUUACCAGACAACGUUUGACCUUAGCUCCAGAAAGAAGCACUCUUUGGCUCUGUAUCCCUUGGUAACAUGCCUGCUGUGCGUCAGUCAGAAGCAGUUCUUUCUUAACAACUGGCACAUCUUCCUCCAGAACUGCCUUUCACACCUUAAGAUGCCGUCUAACAACAGCAUCCGAAAGCAGAUUGAGACACUGCAGAAUAAAGAUCCCAAAAUGUCCCGCGUAGCUUUGGAGUCUCUCUACAGGCUACUCUGGGUGUACAUCAUCAGGAUCAAGUGUGAGAGCAACACUGUCACACAGAGUCGACUACUCAGCAUCGUGUCAGCACUUUUCCCCAAAGGCUCCCGCAGCGUGGUGCCGAGAGACACACCCCUCAACAUCUUUGUCAAGAUCAUCCAGUUUAUAGCCCAGGAAAGACUGGACUUUGCUAUGAAAGAGAUUAUCUAUGACCUCUUGUGUGUGGGCAAAUCUCACAAAACCUUCACCAUCAAUCCAGAGAGGAUGAAUAUUGGUUUGCGAGCCUUUUUGGUGAUAGCCGACAGCCUGCAGCAGAAAGAUGGAGAGCCACCAAUGCCUACUACAGGGAUAAUUAUGCCUUCUGGGAACACCCUACGUGUAAAAAAGAUCUUCCUCAACACCACCCUCACUGAUGAAGAAGCAAAAGUUAUAGGGAUGUCACUCUACUACCCUCAAGUCAGAAAAGCCUUGGAUAACAUCCUGCGCCACCUGGACAAGGAAGUGGGACGCUCCAUGAGUAUGACCAGUGUACAGAUGUCCAACAAAGAGCCUGAGGACAUGAUCACGGGAGAGAGGAAACCAAAGAUCGAUCUGUUCCGAACAUGCGUGGCUGCUAUUCCAAGACUAAUACCCGAUGGCAUGAGCAGACAAGACCUAAUAGAGCUUCUAGCCAAAUUGACCAUCCACAUGGAUGAGGAGCUGCGGGGUCUUGCCUUUACAACUCUUCAGGCCCUGAUGAUGGAUUUCCCAGAGUGGCGGGAGGACGUCCUCUCAGGCUUUGCGUACUUCAUUGUCAGAGAGGUAACUGACGUCCACCCCACGCUGCUGGACAAUGCUGUCAAGAUGCUUCUGCAGCUUAUCAGCCAAUGGAGUAAGGCUGUGCAGAGCAGCAAUAAGAGUCACGACGCACAGAACUCAAGCAGCAGUCGCUCUCUGUCCUUGGAGCGUUCUCUUCCACUGGGUGUGCUUCAUGUGGUAGAAGGUUUAGCACUGGUUGUGCUGUGUAGCUGCCGUCCUGCCACACGCAGGCUAGCUGUUAAUGUCCUCAAGGAGGUCCGUGCACUGCAUACUGCUUUGGGGAUUGGCAAGGGAGAUGAGGAACUGGCUAUUGAUGUAAUGGAUAGGCUAAGUGCAUCGGUGUUGGAGAGCUUCAUUCAUCUCACUGGAGCAGACCAGACAAACCUGUUGUACUGUCCCAGUGGGAUUGACCUCCAGACGUUAGCGGAGUGGAGUUCAUCUCCCAUCAGCCACCAGUUUGAUGUGGUGAGCCCCUCACACAUCUGGGUGUUUGCCCACGUUACUCAAGGUCAGGACCCCUGGGUCAUUAGCUUCUCCAGCUACCUGCGGCAGGAGAACCUGCCCAAACAUUGCCCCACUGCCCUCAACUAUGCCUGGAUGUUCGCAUACACCCGCCUGCAGCUGCUGUCUCCACAAGUUGACAUUAACAGUCCUAUCAACGCCAAAAAGGUGAACAGCCUGAACAGCAGCGACUCCUACAUUGGCCUUUGGAGAAACUACCUGAUUCUCUGCUGCAGCUCUGCUUCUUCAUCUUCCUCCAUGUGUUCCUCAUCCUCCACCUCUGGCUCCGUCCGCUGCUCCCCGCCUGAGACGCUGGCGUCUACGCCGGACAGCGGCUACAGUUAUGAUUCAAAGAUUGUUGGUACUCCGUCCCCCUCCUCACUGUUCAAACACAUUGUUCCAAUGAUGCGCUCCGAGAGCAUGGACAUCACAGAGUCUCUAGUCUUGGGGCUUGGCAGGACCAACCCCGUGGCUUUCAGAGAGUUGAUAGAAGAGCUAAAUCCAAUUAUAAAAGAAGCUCUUGAAAGAAGACCUGAAAACAUGAAGCGGCGCAGGCGUCGGGACAUCCUCAGGGUCCAGCUGGUCCGGAUAUUUGAGCUACUGGCCGAUGCUGGUGUCAUCAGUCAAGUAGCCAGUGGAGGGUUAGAUGGAGAGAGCCACUCUCUGAACAGUACACUGCUUGAGUAUGUUGAUCUGACCAGGCAGUUGCUCGAGGCAGAAAAUGACAAGGACUCUGACACACUGAAGGACAUUCGCUGUCACUUCAGUGCACUUGUGGCCAAUAUCAUUCAGAAUGUUCCAGUACACCAGAGGAGAAGCAUCUUUCCACAGCAGUCACUGCGACACAGUCUCUUCAUGCUGUUUAGUCACUGGGCUGGACCCUUCAGCAUCAUGUUCACUCCUCUGGAUCGCUAUAGUGACAGAAAUAUGCAGAUCAACCGCCAUCAGUACUGUGCACUAAAGGCCAUGUCUGCAGUGUUGUGUUGUGGACCUGUAGCUGACAAUGUUGGCCUUUCCUCUGAUGGCUACCUCUACAAGUGGUUGGAUAACAUUCUGGAUUCACAGGACAAGAAGGUUCACCAGCUGGGUUGUGAGGCUGUGAUGUUGCUGCUGGAGCUGAACCCAGAGCAGAGCAACCUCAUGUUUUGGGCAGUGGAUCGUUGUUACACCGGUUCACGUCGUAUGGCCACUGGCUGCUUUAGGGCCAUUGCUAAUGUCUUUCACAACAGGGAUUAUCAGUUUGACACUGUGGUGCUGCUGAACCUCAUUCUGUUCAAGGCAGCUGAUUCUUCCAGGGAUAUCUAUGAGGCAGCCAUGCAGCUGUUACAGAUCCUGGAGCCAAAGCUCUUCCGUUAUGCCCACAAACUGGAGAUCCAGCGAACAGAUGGCAUCUUGACACCUGCCUCACCUCUACCACACCUCUACUCUGUGUCUUACUACCAGCUGUCUGAGGAGCUUGCAAGGACUUACCCAGAGCUCACUCUACCCAUCUUCUCAGAGGUCAGCCAGCGUAUCCAGACAGCACAUCCUGGUGGUCGUCAAGUGAUGUUGCACUACCUCCUGCCUUGGAUGAACAAUGUGGAGCUGGUUGACUUCAAACCAACCCCACGGCGACCAGAGGAUUGUGGCAGUGGCGAGGACGAAGAGGACACCCAUGACCAGGAAAUCAUGAUGGUCAACAGUCGGCGUUGGCUACGUGGAGAGGGGUGGGGAUCCCCACGUGCAACAACGAUGGUGCUAAACAACCUCAUGUUUAUGACUGCGAAAUAUGGGGAUGAGUUUGCUUGGUCGGAGAUCGAGAAUGUGUGGACAACGUUAGCAGAUAGUUGGCCAAAAAACCUCAGAAUCAUUCUGCACUUCCUCAUCAGUAUGUCAGGAGUCAACAGUGACCCCAGCCUUUUGCCCUAUGUGAAAAGAGUGGUGGUAUACCUAGGCAGAGAUAAAACUAUGCAGCUGCUGGAAGAGUUGAUGUGCGAGCUUGAGUUGACUGAGCCGGUCAACUCAGCCAUCACUCACAUGGACAACCCCCCUUAUUACCGCAUCACCUCCAGUUACAAGAUCCCCUCAGUCACCUCAGGAACAACCUCCAGCAGCAAUACCAUGGUGCCAGGAAAUGAAAGUCAUCAUGACAGCAAGGUGAAGGACUCUAAUAUGGAUGACAGUUACACCCACCUGGAUAUCUACUCGGGUCUGAACAGCAACCUGAACCGCCAGCACCACCGUCUGGAAUCUCGUUACAGCAGCAGCUCUGGAGGUUCCUAUGAAGAUGAGAAAAGUGACUCCAUGCCUCUUUAUGCGAACUGGCGUUUGAAAGUGAUGGAGCACAACCAGCCGGAGCCUCUCCCUCUCCCUCCAUCAGGUGGCUGCUGGUCUCCUCUAGUGGACUAUCUACCAGAAACAAACACACCUGCUGUUCCCCUCCACAGAUGUAAUAUUGCAGUCAUCCUACUGACGGACCUCAUUGUGGACCACGGGGUCAAAGUGGAGUGGAGUGCCUACCUGCACCUCUUGCUACAUGCUGUGUUUAUUGGGUUUGAUCACCAGCACCCAGAGGUCUACGAGCACUGCAAACGCCUGCUGCUUCAUCUGCUUGUUGUCCAGAGUUCGAAUAGCAGUGUUCAGUCUGUGGCCAUGGUGCUUUUACGCAACAGAGACUACAAUGAUCCCAGGGUCCUGACUGUAAAGCCUGCAGUUCCAGAGUUCAACCUCACAGGAACUCAGGAGAUUUUGCCAGAUUUUCAACCAUCACCCAUGACUGACUCCGGCCUCAGCACCAGCUCCACAUCCUCCAGUAUGAGCCUCGGGACUGGGGGCACUGCUCUGGCCCACCUGUCUCCUACACUUCUCAGGGAGGUAGAUGCCACAGUGGAACAGGACGAAAAGGCCAAAGCUCUCAUCGAGUUUAUUACAUCAAGAAAGCGGGGUCCGCUCUGGAAUCAUGAGGACGUUUCUCCCAAGAACCCCAACAUUAAAAGCGCUGACCAGCUGAGUGUCUUUGUGAGACAUGUGUUGACCGUCUUCAAACAUUCUCAGACAGGUUUCCAGCUGGAGUCUCUGCUAAGUGAAGUAGCUUUGAGAACAGCUUUGUCUUGCUCUUCACGACAUUACGCUGGUCGCUCCUUCCAGAUUUUCAGGGCCCUCAAACAACCUCUGACUCUGGCCACACUGUCCGACAUCCUGUCUCGGCUGGUUGAGACUAUAGGAGACCCGGGAGAGGAGGCUCAGGGCUUUGUCAUUGAGCUGCUGCUGACUUUGGAGUCGGGCAUUGACACGUUGGCAGACACAGUGAAAAAUUAUGACCUUCUAACUGCCUUAGCACAAACCUCAACCCGUGACCACCUGCUGGGGGCAAAAUUUGCUGCCAACAGGAAAAGCACAGGCCAGCUCAACCUCAACAGCGCUGGCCUGUUCCAUUACGUCCACACUCGUAGCAACUCUCUUCGUGCCAGCCUCAUCGGUGAACGGAAAGCUGACAGACGGAGGAGCAACACCCUGGACAUAGCAGACCGGCUAGGUGGUAGUCACGGAAACCUGGCACGCACACGGAGCUUAUCAUCGCUAGGAGGGGGAGGGGGUCCGGGAGGGGGCUCGAUCCCACCUGUGGAUCCCUCGAAUCUGAUGGCCACUGUCUUCUGGAUCGCCACGUCUCUGCUGGAGUCCGACUACGAGUUUGAGUACCUGCUGGCCCUGCGGCUCCUUAACAAGCUGCUGGGCCAACUGCCUCUGGAUCGUGCAGACAGCAGAGAGCGUCUGGAGACAGUCCAGGCCAAGCUCAAGUGGUACAACUACCCUGGACUGCUGCAGCUGUUCCUCAAGGGCUUCACUUCUACUUCUACACAGGAGCUCACCAUCCACCUGCUCAGCAAACUUAUUAGUGUCUCCAGACAAACACUGGUCGACCCUUCACAAGUGGCAGGUUUUCCUUUGAAUAUCCUGUGCCUCCUGCCGCACCUCAUCCAGCACUUUGACAGCCCCACUCCUUUCUGUAAGGAGACGGCUGAUAAAAUAGCCAAGGUUUGCGCUGAUGAGAAGUCGGCCACACUCUCCAACCUGGCCCACAUGAUGAGCCUGUACAGCACACACAGCUACUCCCGCGACUGCACCAACUGGAUUAACGUGGUCUGUCGUUACAUCCAUGACGCCUUUGCUGAGAGAACCUUGAAUCUAGUCACCUACCUGGCUGAGCUGCUGGAGAAGGGCCUCCCUGGCAUGCAGCAGUCUCUGCUGCAGAUCAUCUACAGUCUGCUGAGUCAUAUUGACCUUUCAGCAGCCCCCGUCAAACAGUUCAACCUUGAGAUCAUGAAAAUUAUAGGCAAAUAUGUUCAGAGUCCACACUGGAAAGAGGCCCAAAACAUUCUGAAGCUGGUUGUGUCCCGUUCAGCCAGCCUCGUUGUGCCUGACGAUGUGCAGCGCUCCUACAGCACAGAGUCGUGUGGCUCUCCAGAAAUCGCCUUCACACGCAUUUUCAACAACUCCUCCAAGGAACUACCUGGCAAGACACUCGACUUCCAUUUCGACAUCUCGGAGACGCCAAUCAUAGGGCAUAAAUAUGGUGAUCAGCGGACGGCAGCAGGCCGAAACGGAAAGCCACAGGUGAUCGCUGUGACAAGGAGCACCUCCUCUACAUCAUCUGGUUCUAACUCCAAUGGUCUGGUGCAAGUAAGCUGGAAGAGGCCUCAACUCUCUCAGAGAAGAACCAGAGAGAGACUGAUGAAUGUCCUAACUUUAUGUGGCCCAGAAUCUGGCAUUCCCAAAAACCCAUCUGUAAGACUCCUCUCCUACUCUAAGGCCUCAGACAAGGUGGUAUUCUCAUCCAACGAAGAUCUGGACUCUGCCGACCAGCAGACAAGUCUUAUACCCACAGUGGAGGAGGCGGUCAGAGAGGAGGAGGUGCCAGGAGAGGAUACGGGCAGUGAACAGCAGUUUGGUGUCUUUAAGGACUUUGACUUCUUAGAUGUGGAGUUGGAGGAUGCUGAGGAGCUGCAGGGGGAGAGCAUGGACAACUUCAACUGGGGGGUACGGCGUCGCUCCCUGGAGAGCAUGGACAAAGGUGACACGCCGUCUUUGCAGGAGUGCCAGUACACAGGCAGCACGCCAAGCCUCAACCUCACCAACCACGAGGACACGGACGAAUCGUCUGAGGAGGAGGUACUGAGCGCUAGCCAGAUUCUCACCCGCUCUGGCCUUCUGAACAGCGACUCUGCCACGGAUGAUACCGCGUCCAACCACGUGGACUCCCUGCAGCAGUCUCAAGAGUCUUCCAGCAGCGCCAUGACUGAAGAGGCAACCAUCCUGCGCAAUCUUCCCUCCCUACCCUCCCUCCCCCGACUGGAUAGCCCCAGUUUGGAGAUGGCCCACUCAGACAGCACCAGCAGCCAGUUGCCUGAGGAUGCCGCAAGCAUGACGGCAGCUGAUGAGCUGAGUAGCAGCGUGAGUGAAGACACGGGGUUUUGUAGCGCCCCACCUCUGCCCUCUGACCCACCAGAGCUCUGUGACCUCCCAGACUCACAUGAACCCCAGGAAGCUCAGGACCCCCAAGAGACUCAGGACCCUCCAGAGGACCUAGAUCCAGCCCCCCCUCCUCCGCCGGCCAUCGACACUCCGCCAGGGUCUCUUUGUGAGGAAGAGUCCCAGAUGGUGCUGCCUCUGUAUCUGCCCACACCACCACCUGAGACAAAGCCUGAUCCAUAUCCAGAUCCAAAUCCAGACAGCACCUGUGGCUCCAUGUGGGAAGAUGAUGUGACACAAGCCCUGAAGGAGCUGGAUGAGCGUUGUGAGGAAGAGGAGGCAGACUUCUCUGGGAUGUCGAGUCAAGAUGAAGGUGACGCAGAUGGCUUUCCAGAGAUUCAGGCCUCUCCACCUCCUUCACCCUUCCUCUCUGCCAUCCUGGCAGCAUUCCAGCCCGUUUCCUAUGACAAUGAGGAAGAUGCUUGGCGUUGUCAUGUCAACCAGAUGUUGUCAGACACAGAUGGGUCCUCUGCUGUUUACACAUUCCAUGUGUUCUCUCGACUCUUUGAGAGUAUUCAGAGGAAAUUUGGCUCCAUUACACAUGCAUCUGUUCGCUUUCUGGGAGAAAAGCUUCAGCGAAUGGGUAACCAGUUCCUUAGCUCCCUGGAAGUCAUGACGUCUUGCUCACAAUGUCCCACUGUGCUGUUGGAUGCAGAGACGCUGGUCUCUUGUGGAUUGCUGGAGACUCUGAAGUUUAGUGUGCUGGAGUUGCAGGAGCACCUGGACACUUAUAAUGCCAAAAGAGAAGCAGCAGAGCUUUGGCUGGACAACUGCAGGAAAACGUUUGGGGACAAAGACAGCAGCCAAACACCUAAUACACAUGCACAGCAAAUGGAAAAUCUAGCAGAGCUGGAGUUGUGUCGGAGGCUUUAUAAGCUUCACUUUCAGCUGCUGCUGCUGUUCCAGGCCUACUGUAAGCUCAUCAGCAGGGUGGACACCAUCAAGAGGGAGGCAGAGGUGACCAACAUGUCAGAAGAACUUACAAUCCUGGAGAGUUGUCUGAGCGAAGCAGAAGCGGGAAAUGAUGGUCAGGAGGAUGUGUGCAUGUCGGACAAUGCCCAGACCAACACAGAGACGGCCAUCCAGUCACUGAUUGAAACUCUCAGAACCAGAGACUUUGGCUCUGCCCUCACACAGGUCAAAAUCUUUAGGUCUCUGUGGCCUAAUGACAUCUUCGGCAAUGAGGCAGAUAAUGCAGUUCAGACCCUUCUGCACAUCUACUUCCGUCACCAGACGCUGGGCCAGACGGGCUGCUUGGCGGUGGUCGGCCCCAGCAGGGACCUGUCUCAGGCUAGCACCCGCCUCAUGGAGCUCAACCUGCAGAUCCGUGAGGCUCUGAGUCAAGCCCAGGCCUGCCAGCCCCACACCACCAUGGUCAGCACUGGACUGUGAGCCUGUGGUUUAGCAGGCUGGGCUAGACUGGACAGAAACACCCCCCCCCCCCCCACCUGCUCUACACACACCUCACAUCAGCUGUAGAGAGAGGGUAGACAGCGAGGGGAGGAGGACAAGAGAGACUCCACCUACAAAGGGCUAAAGGAUGCGUGGGAAUAACUGUGACUCUUAAUAUAUUAUUACAUGUAUGAAUGCUUAAAGCUAACAGCUUUUCCCAGACUAAGCCAACUUGCAAAAUUCUGUUGCAAUAAGUCAUGUGGUGAUGUGUCUGGGGAAGAGUAAGAGAGGAAUCAGUUGAAUGAUUAUUUUAUUUUUAUUUUUUUCCUUUCUUUUUUUGAGCCGGAUCUGACCUGAAGGUCCAUCGCGGUGAGCGGGGCUUUCGUCAGGACUCGGGCUGGGAGUUGAAGCAUGUAAGACAGUCCAUAGGAGGUGUCAUAUGUGUGAGGACACACCAUCAAGAAAACUCCAGAAAAAUCUUGUUUAAAAAAAAAAAAAAAGGUUUCGAAAUGCAUGCUUGAAGGAAAGAAGCACUGCAAGAAUAUUUUUUUGAGAAAUGUAUUUUUUAUUAGAACUAACAUCCUAUGUUGUAAAUGUUAGGAUAUUUAACAUGUAACCCUGUGGGAAAUGUUUACCUUCAGGGAGUGUAAAAAGAGAAAUAUGUUUAUUGAUCUGCUCUGAGAGGAGAGUCCUCUUCAACAGAUCUUCAUGCAAAACUCACUCUUUAACCAAAUAAGUAGAUGCCUUUAGAGACUCUUGACUGUGUGAUAUAUAUUGGAACUUCUGGUAUACUCACACAAAUGCAUUUAAUUGCACACAAGUGCAGACUGGCUACAGCUCAUUAUAGAAACAUAACUUAUUUUACUCUGUAUAUAUUUUAGAAAUGUAUAGUGUAAAACCAGUAUUUUUCCCUUGUACUUUUGUCUAAUGCACUGUUCAUCCAAAAUAGGAUGUAUAAAGCUUAUGCGAUGAGAGAAAGCUGAGACCAGGUUUGAGUCGUUUAUGAUCCACUUCAUCAUCCUGUGACUUCAGAAUUUUCCCUGAUGCUGCCUUGGUUGUCUGGCAGAUGGCUCUGUUAAUCCUAGGAUUCAGCCACUUUCCAAUCUUAAAUAGCAAGAUCAAAUGUAGCCUCACUUUCCUGCUCGUCCUCUCCAAACCAACCACAGCCAAGGCAGACAGGCAUUCCUUUUCAUCAGCACCGGCUCUGCUUAAAGAUCAGUUUGUUUUUCCCCCAAAGGAGGAUGUGUCUCAAUGCUGCAUUAAACUCUUUGCUGUGACUGCAGGACUGAGACUUUAAUGCUUUUUAGAAAGCUUGUCAUGGCACAUUGUUACAGCCACUGUAUUCAUCCCUCUGCUUGUCUGGUACCAUUUAAAUGCUGUUAAUUUAAAGAGCUACCUGGAAGAUGUUUUGAUGUAGAGCUGCAUUACAUUUUUCCUUCACAUACCAGCCUUCUCUGGAUAAUAAAAACCUAAUCCUACA